AUGGCCGCUAUGAUAGCCGGCCUCUAUCGCCCUUUAUCACCCACUCAAAUCCGCUUGAUACGCUUGAACCCAAAUAUUGAGGACCCUGUCUGCGGGCACUUGGUAGAGACAGAGCUGGCAGACGCUCCACCAUACCAUGCUAUCAGUCACGCUUGGGUCCCAGGCAUCUCUGUCAAAGCAACACCAGAAAUCAAUAGGGUGCACCUGAGUAAUCAUCUUGCGACUUGCAUUCGUCGACUUCAAAAGUUCGCCACUGAGAAUCUUGAGCUUAGCCCUAGGGUCGCUCACAUAUGGCUCGACAGUAUCUGUAUAAACCAAGACGAUGUCCACGAACGAGCAUUACAAGUGGCUAUGAUGGGGAGCAUCUACCGUCAGUCGAUUAGAACAUUGAUAUGGCUUGGUGAGGAGUCUUCGCCGUCAAUUCAUCUCGCAUGGCAGCUAAUCAACGACAUCUACGCCAUAUUCCAAAAGCAAAACCCAUUAGCCAGAUCAUUAUCUGAUAUAGCUACCCGAACAUACGACGAUAAAUUGCAUACUACGGCAGGGUUGCCCCCAUUUCAUACUGCUAAAUGGGUCCACUUGAAGCAUUUGAUGGACCUCAGGUGGUUUUCGAGAAUGUGGAUCGUGCAAGAAGUCGUUCUCUCACGAGGAGAUCCAAUCUUUCUUCACGGCGAUUGCCACUAUGCUUGGGAGCCACUGGGCUGGGCCGUAGGAUGGCUACGGAGAUCCGGAUAUUUACGACUUCCCCAGGUCCCCGAGCAGCUGAGAAAUGUCGACACCAUUUCCAAUCUCCGACGUGCGCGUACACGUUGGCCGCUUGACGCCCUGAUGUCAAUCACCCAAGUCAAGUUUCACGCUACAGACCAGAGAGAUAAGGUCUACGGUGUUUUGGGCCUGGCACUUGAGUGCGAGGACGGUUCUGGCUUACCAGAAGAGCUGAAGCCAGACUACACUAUUGAUGUCGCUACUUUAUACCAACGGGUGGCACGCUUCCUCCUCAAGAAGAACCGUUCUCUUGCCAUUCUUACACGUGCACGUUGUGUAGACGGGACAGAAACGAGGAAGCAGCGUGUACAUGGCAUAGACCUCCCCUCGUGGUGUCCUGACUGGAGUGACUUCAACACGUAUAAUGAAGGUAUCUCAACAAGCCUCUCUUGGAUCGAAUACUCCAACAUUCUCAAACCAGCACGUUUAGGCUUCCCUAGGCAAUACAGAGCCGCUGGUGGUUCGGAAGUUAGUUUUGGGUCCCUGAAGCCUGACUCCGAGGAGAGUACACUCCUACAGCUCAAUGGCUUUAUAGUCGAUCAGGUGGAUCAUGUCCACCAGUUCGAUUUCGGCUCAUUCGGUCAUGGACAGGCACUGGCUCAGUUCGAUUCAGCAAUGGCACCAAUUGUAAGAAUCGCCCUCACUCUUAUACCAGCCACGGAUACACUUGGGUGGAUGGGACAAUUCAUCCAGACAACAACAGCGAGACAGUAUUAUCUAAAUGGUAAAGACCUAGAUCAAAGCACUUCAGAUGGCGCAGCGUGGUUACAUGGCUUCUUCCAACGGAGAGAUGAUGUUGCGUCACUGCUUGAUAAGCAACCAGGAAAGGAUGAACUCAUGUCGCAAAUUCAGGAAGCGUCAACAGACGGUGCUAAGGAGGACUACAUAGCUCUCGUGCAGAACUUUUGCUUCGAUCGAGCAUUUAUUAUCACAGGGUGUGGACGAAUAGGCAUAGGGCCUUCCAGCACCUGUCCUGAAGACAAAGUUUCAGUCAUCUUUGGAGGAGACGUUCCCUACAUAAUAAGGGGUACUGGUGAUUAUUUGAAUCUGGUUGGCGAGUCGUACAUUCAUGGGCUCAUGGAAGCACAGACGAUCGACAAGUAUAAAACGGGUUUAAUCCAGAAGGAAGUGUUUUGUUUUAAAUAA